AUGUUCUUAUUCUUGUUAAUUAUACUUUCGGCUGCAAAAUACAAAGUUUAUAAUGUGUCUCUUGAUAAUCCAACUAUUAACACUAACGAACUUUAUCAGAGAGAUAAAUGCACCACUUGUUGCAGAAUUUUAAUUGCAUCUUCAUGGAACUAUGAUCAUAAUAAAUUGUUCACUAACGAAGAUUAUAAAAACAACAAUGGACGAAUUUUUGUUAUGGACAUGGAAUUUGACUAUAUUGAUGAAAUCAGAGAACCAACCGUUUUUUAUGAACAAGCGAUACAUUUGAGACCAUUUAUUAAAAACAGAGAUUUUCAAUUUUUUGAAUUUGCACCUUAUAAAAUGUUUAUUUCAUUUGUUUAUCCAAAAAGAGUUCAUGACAUUAGAGCUGGAGCAAAUGUUGGUUCUAGACUUAUAAUUUGGUCUAAAAAUCCGCCACUUUCAGAUGCUCCAGGCACCCAAAAUCAAAGAUUUAUAUAUGUCCACCCAUAUGACACAGAGUACUACGUAUCAGACUUUGAAAGGAAAUGGAGAAAAUACAAAAACCAUUUCUUUUUACCUUUUUAUAAUCAGACUGAUUUGUGUUAUGAGGGAUGUGUAAAUGAUUUUACCGAUGAAGGAUGGGCAGGACAGAAACAAUUCAAAAACAAACCUGAUUUACACCAAAUAAAAACCGUCAAUUGUGAUCAGUAUUCAGUGAAACAAAUGUUUACUCCAAUAUUUGCUUAA